GUACAUACUAAUAUUAUUUUUCCUACCCAUAUGGGAUUUGAUACUAUUUAUUGAUGCAAUAUCAAUUCAGCAAAGUAAUAUUAAAGCAACAAAUACUAAAAACACAUACUAAUAAUACUCUACUGGAACGCCUCUAUUGCCAUAUCUACCACAAUACAUUUUCGAAGGACCAAUCUUCCGUCUCCAGGAGGCUGUGUCCACCUACAGUCAUUUCCCCAACUAAACACGUGACUACUCCUACUCAUUUGCUACACCAUAACUUCUCUGAUCUCCAUCAUUCACCACCAUGGCAGGCCCACCACCACCUCCACCCCCUCCCCCAGGGCCUCCGCCCCCCAGCUCCUUCGCGUCCUCGUCUCCUCCACCUGCCCCUCCGCCAGGACGAGAUGCAUUGCUUCUCAGCAUCAGACAAGGUACCUCCCUUAAGAAGGCAGUCACCGUGGACAAAUCCAAACCCAUGCUCGAUUCCAAGACGUCUAUCUCAACUUCGGCACCUUCUGGGCCAUCUCUUGGAUCUGGAGGAUCGUCUGCUCCGUCAGCGCCCGCAAUUCCUAACGGAGCACCCCAAUUGGGAGAUAUCUUUGCUGGAGGCAUACCCAAGUUGAAACAUGUCAAAGACAACAGAGCUGGCGUUGUUCCAAGCUCAGCUCCAAAAGUUCCCGGCUCAGGGGGAAUCCAGGCUGCUCUGGUGCCCCCUGUAGCCCCAGCAAUGCCCCUGGCAAGGCCCUCUGCUAGAAAAGCGACACCUCUGGGCCCCCCAAUACCAUCAGCAGUUCCUCCGGCUCCUCCAGCUCCGCCAGCUCCACCAUCUUCAGCACCAGUACCUCCUCCAACCACUCCUUCCCCUGCAGCAGGCAAGGCUGCUCCAAAAAUGCCCCCAAAUAGACCUAAAAAGUCGUCACAUUUGAAGAACCACUCUUUGACGGGUAUUUCUUCGGCCCCUACAACCCCACCGGUCCCUGACGCUCCACCACCACUUCCAACACGCCCCUCCUGCACCACCAGCACCACCAGUACCUGGAUCCUUGCCUCCUCGUUCUACAUCAUCGGUUCCUGCGCCUCCUCCAGCUCCUCCACUCCUCCUGCUCCUCCUGCCCCUUCGGCUUUGGGUGCUCUGAAAUCAAGCAGUUCAGCGCCACCGGCUCCAGCUAUAGCAGGAGGAGCGUUGCCAUUCUUGGCACAAAUAAACGCUAGAAGAAAUGAGACCUUUGUGGUCGAUGGUACGAAAAAUGGACACUCUACAAGAGAUGAGAGGACAGAAGACCCCCCUAAAAAGACACCAUCAGUGCCAAGUCUGGCUCCUAAACCUCCGCAGAUUCCUUUGGGUGUUCCACAACUUCCUAACAUAAAGCCCCCAACGAGAAAUACAUCUGCAGCUGCUCCUCCUGCUCCUCCAGUUCCAUCGACACCUCAAGCGCCUCCUUCCAUUCCUGCUGCUCCUCCAAGCCAACCACCACAACGGAUUCCUUCCUUUCCACCUGCACCCCCUAAAUCUGUUCUGCCUCCACCAACUCCACCAGCUCCACCAGCUCCACCAGCUCCACCUUCCCACUCUUUGCCACCAGCUCCACCUUCUCAAUCUAUUCCUCCACCCCCUCCUCCAUCUGUCCCAGACUCUCCUCCUCCCCCACCAACUGCUGCCCCACCCAAGAGAACAGCACCUCCUCCCCCACCACCACCUUCGGGACAAUCAAAAUUGGACCAGCAACAGAAUGCUGGAAGCUCUUUGAGAAAGAUCUCUGCUCUGGCAUACACUAUCAAUGCUAGAAAUGGUUCUUCGCAGUCUUCUUCUUCUUCUACCAAGGUGGUGAUAGAAGACAAGAGGUUCAAGUUUCAAAACUCUAAUGCAUUGCCACAUCCAAGAAGAUUUGGAGAAGGUACUAAGGAGAAAUUAUAUCCUAGUGGUAGAGGCUCUUCGGUCCCCUUGGAUUUAAGUUUAUUCAAUUAAUAGCAUCCAAGUUGUGAAGAGUACGGAAUGACUACACUAAACCA